AUGUGUCAAAGUCAUUACAACAAUCCUUCAGUUCAAGUCACCACCGAUCAUAGAAUCGAGAUCAAAGAUAAUACAAUCCCAGAAUUGAAACCUGGUGAAGUUUUAAUCCAUCCAAGAACAACAGGUAUUUGUGGUAGUGAUAUACAUCUUUGGAAACAUGGACAAAUUGGUGAUUUGAAAGUUUUAGAUAACUUGGUUAUAGGCCAUGAAGCUUCAGGUGAUAUAAUUGAUAUUGGAGAAGGUGUUAAAAAUGUUUCAAUUGGUGAUAGAGUUGCAAUUGAGCCUGGUGUUCCUUGCAAUACUUGCUUUCUAUGCCGUCAAGGUGAUUACAAUCUUUGUCAAGAUGUUAAAUUCAUUGGAAUGUAUCCAUAUCCUGGUUCAAUGCAAAGAUACUUAGUUCAUGAUGCUCAAUAUGUUUAUAAAUUGCCUGAUAAUAUGAGUUAUGCACAAGGUGCUUUAGUUGAACCUGUUUCUGUUGGUUAUCACGGUGUGGAAAGAGCUGAUUUAAUCUUGGGUCAUGGUGUUAUGAUUGCAGGUGCAGGUCCAAUUGGAUUAGUUACUUUAUUAUUAGUUAAAGCUGCUGGUUGUACUCCAAUUGUUAUUACUGAUUUGAGUGAAGGUCGUUUAAAAUUUGCCAAAAAAUUAGUUCCAGAUGUGUUGACUUAUCAAAUUAAUCCUAAAUUGACCCCACAAGAAAAUGCUAAACAAAUUAGAAGCUUAUUUGGUACAACUGAACAUUCUGCACCAAGUCGUGUUUUAGAAUGUACCGGUGUGGAAAGUAGUGUUAUCACUGCUGCCUAUGUCAUUAGAAGAUCUGGGCUAUUAAUGAUUAUUGGUGUUGGUAAAGAUGUUUUCAACAAUUUCCCAUUUAUGCAGUUAUCAUUUGCAGAGAUUGAUAUUAAGUUUAGUAAUAGAUAUCAUGAUUCAUGGCCAACUGUUAUUAAUAUGAUUUCCAAUGGGAUUAUCAAAGUUGAUGAUUUGGUUACUCAUAAAUUCCCAUUGGAAAGAGCUGAUGAAGCUAUUGAGUUGGUUAGUGAUCCAACCAAGGGAAGUAUCAAAGUCUUGAUUGAGGAUGUUAAAGGAAAGUUGUAA